AUGUCACCAAGAGCGACACCUGCCGUCGCGUGGCGUGCCGUAAGAACCACCUUCACAGUGAUAUUCUCACCCUGGUACCUAUCUCAUCGCUCCAUGGUCCAGUUACUGAACUCGGCAGACUCUGAUAACAACUCUGAAACGGGAACUCAGUUGUCUACAAGAGACACAAUGACAGGGUGGUGGAUAGAAAGAAAAAUAGCGGAACUAUCUUUCGUCGGAUUGACAUGCGCUCUCCUUGCAGGGGUGGUAGCUGCCGCUUUCUCUUGGCAGGACCUGAAAGACCUGUCAUGGCCAACAAAGGGACUGUGGUAUGGCAGUCUUAUCAUCGACCUCACGUCUAUCUGUCUAGCCACACAGCAAUCACUUACCUUGCAUCGGCUUUCUUGUUACACGAAUAAAUGUGAGCGAGUUCGUGAGAUGCUUAGCAAGUCAUCUUCUUACCAGGCACACCCAUCCGAAGCGGAAGUAACACAGCUCGAUACAAAUUAUUACCGAUUUGUCAUCUACCUGGUCACCAGCCGAUGUCAAGAAAUGGUUCACAGAUCAGAAUUGUCCAUCAUCUCUCUGGUGAGGAGAAAUGGUUACUAUAUCUGGGAUUAUCUGUCGGAGCUAGAGGGUGUCAAUCCUUUCGUCCCAAGGAUCUAUUAUUAG